AUGUCUAGGGCAGAGAAGAAUCAAUCGCCGUCGUCGUCGUCUCCGAUUACGUCACUUCCGGAGGACGUCGUGAUUGACAUCUUGGCGCGUGUACCGAGACGAGACUAUCCAAGAGUCUCCCUCGUUUCAAAGCACUUCCGGUCACUCGUUUCGUCGCGUGAGAUAUACGCAGCAAGACGAUCUUCGCUGGGUUGCACUGAGCAUUGUAUCUAUGCUGUCCUCGUUUCAAAGCACUUCCGGUCACUCGUUUUGUAUACGCUUCGCCGGAAAGAGAAAGACAAGAACAGCCCCCGCUUGGUCCUAAUCCCUGGGCUUCCUGAUAUGCCUAGUGAUGGAAGCUUUGUAGCUGUGGGUUCAAGGAUAUAUGUGUUUUGUGAGAUUAACUCUUUCUUCAUCGACUGUACAUCCCACACUGUGCAACAUCUCCCGAGGAUGCCUGUCCCCAUGUCUGAUACAGCCGCUGUCGUCAUCGGAGGGAAAAUCUAUGUAAUUGGGUGUAUCAGUUCAAAGUCAGAGUCAAAGGCGAUGGUUGUGUUCGACACAGAAACACAAACGUGGGUGACAGUGCCAGGGAUGGAGUUGUAUGAUGAUGAUGAUGUGUAUGCGUAUAGAAGCUUGGUGGUGAUGGGUGGUAAGAUGUACGCGUGGGGUUUUCAGAAUAACUUUGUUUACGACCCAAAGGAAGGCAAAUGGGAGUCGGAAGAGAUGCUGAGUUCGAACUACUGGGGUGAUGGGAACGCGUGUGUUGUUGAUGAUGUUUUGUACUUUUACCAUGAUUUUCGUGACAAUGAAUUGAGAGCGUAUGAUCCAGAGCGCAAGUGUUGGGGAGUGGUGAAUGGUUUGGAUGAUUUGUUGGCUGGGAUGAGACGUGUUGAUAGUUUUUUGGGAGUGACUAUGAGUAAUUACGCUGGCAAACUGGUUUUGUUUUUUCGUAGUCGAGAAAUCAUUGGGGAGAUUUGUUGUGCGGAGAUUUCACUGGAAAGACGCAAAGGAGGUCAGAUUUGGGGUAGAAUUGAUCAGUGGUGGUGCGAUCAUGCUUCGAUUGCUCCUAUUUGUUACAUUACGAAAUCUCUAGAUGUUGUGCUUUGA